UUUUCCCCCUCCCUCCUCUCUGCGCAAGAGCCAGCUCCCAAGGUGUGACCGUGCAGCUGGAGGACACAAGGUAAGAGCUGCUGCUUCCCCCCCACCACGCCAGCACCCGGGGGGACGAAGGGACGGAGGUGCCGGGGUAUCAGCAGAGCGAUGCGCAGUGUCCCCGCUCGGGGUGACGCAGCCAAAUCGAGACACGGAUCUACCUGCUCAAGGUGCUGUAUCAUGUCCAGGUAGGACCUCGCCAGCGCAAGAAUCACCCAAGACAACCGCUCCAAGGGCUUGACCUGUCCCUCAGGUGGCUCCUUGGCUUUCCCCAGCCAGCGGGCGAAGGAGAAGAGCUGGGAUUGUCCAGUCGCCACCCGCAGCUCCCCUAGGGAUGGAUUCCAAAGGCAACGUCCGAAGCGGAAACAAACCCGACGCCAAGGCCUCCAGCUCUGGGAAGCCAGAAAAACCCAACCCUGGGCCUGCCACGAAUGCAGACAAGAAGGAGACCCCCAAGGAGCAGCCUGCUCCUGCCACCGCCACCUCUGCCGCCAAGAAGGCCGGCGGUGACGCUGCCGUCGUGAACAACCACAGCAACCUCAAACCCAGCGCGGAGACGCAAGAGGCCACGGGCCAGUCCCCUGACUCUGACCACAAGGGAAACAGCUCCGAGGAGUCACCAGGCAGCAUCUUUGACAACAUGAAGCCCUUGAUCAUCGUGGGAGGAGUGGCGGUGGCUGCGCUCGCUGUGAUUGUGGGAGUGGCGUUCCUAGCCCGGAAAAAAUGAAGAUGGAGACAGGGUGGGGAUUGGACACCCAACCCAGCUGUACAGCUCCUUUUGAGACAAAUGCAUGCAGAAAAAUUCUAUACAUAUCUAUAUAUAUAGAGCGAGCUAGGUAGGUCAACAACAAACACCAACUGCAACUCCAAGAGUCUUGUUCAAGGCAACUGUUCCAGUUUGACCCAGUGUGGGUAACUCCAUGCACUCAGUGUGUUCUUUCAUGUAAUAUAUCUUGGCUUAUACCACUGUGUAUAGAUUACAGCUUCUCCUGAUCGGUGUAAAUGGCGGUGUCCCCUCCCCUCCCCUGCUGUCCUCCCCGGGAGACACCCCCACCUCUCCUGCAGUCCCCUCUUUUCAAGUCCGGAGCUUUCUAUGUCCCAUCCUGAGUCCCCGCUUUGUGUUUUGGUUUCGGUUUGGUUUGAAGUUGGGUUGUGGUAAAGGAGGUGUAAGGGGAGGCAGAGCCCGUGCUGAGGCCCAGUUUGCCUGCUAGUGUGUGGGUUGGGGUUUGUGCCCUGGCAUAUGAUUGUUAAUUGUUAAUAUUUUUUUUUUAGCAGUGAGACAAGAUGUAGCAUCUAUCUGUUCUGUGCUGACUGGAGUAGAUAGAUACAGAAGGAAGAAAAAGAAACACUUGCUUCAUUUGAGUCCCCUAUUUUACUUUCUUAAAUGUUUUUUAUUUCCUUGACUCAACCUUUGGCCACCGAAGAGGGGGAAGAACAGUUCUCAGCCAACGUGGGCCUUAACCAUUUCUGUCUGCCUCCGAACACCCCUGCCCUAGUGCAAGGUCAGUGGUUUCACCCAGAAACACACCACAGAGAUGGUGACGGGUCCAUCACCACACGUGAACCCUCCCCAGGCAGCAAACACCAUGUGUUCUGUUCCUAAGGGAUUUUUCCACUUACUCUGAUCGCUUAACCUUGCUGUCUGCUGUCCAGGUUCACUGCCUGGAACCCACCUCUUGUUUUCUAAAACAUUUAUGUGUGUGUAUAUAUACACCACCCUGCCUUGAAGAAUGUUCUGCAUACGUACGUGCACGUACAUAUGUUUCUAUUACUGCGGUCUGGGGUGGGGGUAAACAAAUCAACCUGGAGACGGCCCUUCAUUUGUUCCCCUGCAUUCACACAAAGUGUCCGUGGUGUCUUUCCUGUGCCAUUUGCAUCACGCCGUGCAGCACCCAAAUUCCUUUUCGCUCCUGGUUUCUUCUCAGUGCAAAGAAUGUCUGGCUAGUGAACUGCUGAAUGUAUGACGUGCCUGUCGUGCUAGAAGCUCUAAAUUACUGUUCCCCUUCCCUGGAUACUCGUGUGGGCUACUUGCUUUAAAAUAAGGCACUUUUAGACUAUACCGAACUAUACGGGACUGUGUUGUAGCGCUUUUGGAAGCGUGGGCCCAGUGUUGAGUCAGGUAGACCAAGCGCAGAUGCCGUCCAAGCUCCUAAACUCGCAGCUGGGGCGACGCACUUCAGUCCUGACCUGCAAAUAACAUCCUCCUAGCAAACACCUCCUGUUCUGCCUUAAUGUGCCAGGCUGUGCCGUGGGUUCAUUUUGCAAACAAAAAAAGGUCCAGCGAGAACUAGGCUGAGAAGAGCAAAUUCAUCUCUCUCAGAAUGGAAGCGAGAUUGAAACCAAAUUUGCUGAAGCAGAAGGGUUAAAUGACUGAACUCGCUGUGCUAAAUAAAUAGUUGUUUCUUGUACUGAGCACACGCCGUUAUUUGCUUGAUGUUAUUCUUUGUGUGGUGUUUGUGACAUGGAGUCCUUUUAGUGAUACCUCUGUGGGGAGAAUGAACUAAUGCUUAAAACUAAUCAGACUCUGUGCUUGGGGUUUGAAGAGAUCUAGAUUGCUAGUUUACUCUUUUGAUAAAGUCUAUAAAUUACACAUUUGAAAACUGACUUCAGACGUUGCAGCUUGUCACUAAAACUAUAGAUUCAGUUACGACACCUCAGCUUAAUCUAUUUUUAAGGAUCCAUAAGAUUUAAUUUAAUAUAAAGAUGUCAUUAAGCUCUCUUGGACAACUUGGGAGGUCUUCGAUGCUUCUAGCUUUAAGAAAGAUGAAAAGAAUUACACUUCUGCUGCUUUUUUCCUACCAAUUUAGUACACUAUGGAUGCGCCCCAUUAUUGCUAACAGUUCUGCAGUUGGAUGCAGAGAAAUCUGGAAGGCAAAGGAUAAGACAGCAGUGUUUCCAGGAGGGUAAGAUGCUUUCUGCGGGUGCUGUUCGCCUCUUGGGCUCACGCUCAGAGCAUUGAACAGUUGCUCGUCCUGAAGCACUUCUUAGCUCCGUUAUUUUGAGUGAUAAAUUAAAAAUGGGUUUAUGUCUCUGCUGAAUCAAAGUUUAAGGGUUGAUCCAUGGGGUACUGAAAACAAGGGGAAUCUUUCCAUUGGCUUUACUGUGCUCUGCUCAGGCCUCGGAGAUCUUAUUGGUACCAGGGAUACAACUGCAGGUCAUCCUAAAAUGUAAAAUCAUCUCAAUUGCCAGUUUUCUUUAAAACUGACAAAACCAUUCCUUAGUCCUUCUGCUGAGCGUGAGGAAACUCACUAUUAACUGCGCCAGCCAUGCUCACAACCUCCUGCUACCUGCGUUAGUGUCUGUGUACAAACAACAACAGUGUCAUUGAAAAAAGAAAAAUCCAAACCAGAACUGGUGAAAGAUGAUUUCUGCCUUAAAAAUUUCCUUUCCUUCCCUGGAAAUGCCACUGGGGUUUAGAAAUCGGCAUUCUAACUAUUCUUAGAAUAGGUUGAAAAUAAGUCCUGAAGAUUUGAGAGAAAAGACAGUCUUCAAGAAAUAAAAGGAAAAAGGAAGGCGAGGAAAGAAUGUACUUGGAAGGUGAAAUUCUUAGAAUUUCCAUCAGCUCUACAGGGAGCUUCCAGUCGGUGCUUCUGAGAGGGUGCAAGAAACAGUACAGAGAAGUGCAAAGAUAAAAAGCAGUAUUUCAUUAUCUUACCAAUUUUGGUAAGGACACAUCAGCUUGCCGGUUUGUUCUGCCUGUGCUUGAUGAUGCUCCAGCACCAGAACUCAGCACAGGAUGAGCAGAAUCUUCAACUGCCUUUGCAACAUGAAGAUCUGUGUUGUAUCCCUGGUUUGCCACAGCAGCUUCAAGCGCUCAAGUUCCUGGGGCAAUUGAAUACCAACAAGGAUACCAUACAAUUUUGUCAUGUUAAAAACAAACCAACACACUAAUAAUUUGGCUUCACUAAGUUUUGAGCAGCCCUUCUUAGACCUGGUGCCUUUUCCCGAGUCAGUGGAUAGGACCGUUUCAGUUCAAAUCUUUAAAAGGUGCAGCCUCAACUCCCCAGUGAAAACCAACUCUCCUCUGGUGGUAGGUGCGGGUUGGUCACAAAUUUGUGGAGAAACUAAAAUUGUAGAAAGGGAAUUUGAAGGUCAGAUUACAGGGGAUUUUUCUCUCUUGGUUUGCUUGGGUUCUGUUCCUUGUGCAGGGGCUGGUGGAAGCUCGCACGCCGGUGGCGGGGAAGUGCCCGUUGCUGCCUCGGGAGCCACGGGCAUCUUUCUGACAUGGGCGGCUUUUGAGUCAGGCCCUGGACGUGUUUUCCAAAUGACGGUAAUUUUCAGAGUGACACCUUGAUUUCUUCCCUGUACAACAGACCUGCUUGUCACUUCCACAUAUUUACCUGUGUUCAACAUACAGGUUUGGGUUUUCGUUUUUUUUGCUUUCAGAAACAAUAUGCUGCUAGACACAUUUCCUGGAGGGAAAUGGACACCUACCUACACACAAAGCUACACAGCUAAUUUAUACCUUGUUGAAUUUAUAAUCUUGUCUAUGCUUCUAUGGACACUUUGUAUGGGCUGCAGCUCAAAUCCUAAAAUAGUCAAGAAGUUUUCCUUUCCCAUAUAGUAUUCUAUUUACUUUGACUUAAAAAAAAAAAAAGCGUAUAAAUGCAAUAAUGCAGGUAGACUAGAAAUACUAGAUUGAAAAUUAAAGUAGUUUAGCUUGUCCCAUUGUGACUGACAGUGUUGUACGACACCCAGCGCUGUACCCUAACAUUUUCCAGGCUUUCUACGUAGCUGAAUCUAGUAUUAGCUUUGAAAACCCAUUGUAUGAGUGGUGGGUAGAUGGGUUGGAAACGUGUGCUCUCUACACACUGUAUGUUACUCACAUCAGAAGCUGUAUGGCCACUCCAUAUGCUGUGAAACUGUAAAUGAUUCCCAAUACACCUGUAACUCUUACCAGGAUUGUGAGAAAUAAACUAUAUACAGAGAUCUAUAUACACACAUA